CACCCCCCUUGCCAACUCCACGCGGACACUCCCGCCCACAGGAUUGUCCUUGUAGUCACCCCUGUAUUGUUAUACUUCAACAUACAUAUAUAUACACACACAAACACCGCCUAACCCUCUUUGUUAUUUCACGUAUAAACCCACCGUUUAGCUUCUAAUUUUUAUAAUUUCAUCAAACCCCUAAUCAAGAAAUCGACUAAAUGGGUGAUUCCAAGGCCAAAACCUCUGUAGAAUCCAUGAGAGAGUGGGUCGUUGAGCACAAGCUUCGCGCUGUUGGGUCAUUGUGGCUAGCUGGGAUUGCUGGAUCAAUUGCUUACAAUUGGUCUCAACCUGGUAUGAAGACUAGUGUCAAGAUCAUCCAUGCUAGGCUGCAUGCGCAAGCUCUUACUCUAGCUGCACUAGCCGGAGCUGCUGUGGUUGAGUACUAUGAUCACAAAACAGGAGCAAAGGCAGAACGCUAUGCAAAGUUCCUUCCUCCCAUGGACACUUAUUCAUCUCACAAGGAAUGAAGUUCUGGCAAAAAAGAAAAAACAACACUGGGGAAAGUUUAUGGUUAUUCAUUAUAUAGUUCACAUAUAUGUUUUUACAGUAGCGAAGUGCUUUGUGCUACAUCUUCCCAAUCCCCUUCCCCCCUAUGGAUAAUAAGUCGGAACCAAAAUUAGAAUUUGCAGUUUUGGUAGCGGAGUAUUUACCAAUCAAUUGCUAAUUUUGAAACUGUGCCCUUUUACUCAAUUUGUGGCCCAUUUUAUUUUUUAAUGUAAAAACAUAUAGGUAUUUUAUAUCAUGGUUUCUGAUGUCGGAA